AUGGGGAGUAUGGCCAUUAAACUUGACAUGUCCAAAGCUUACGAUAGGGUCGAGUGGGAUUUCUUGGAAGCGGUUCUUCUAAGGCUAGGAUUCUCAGAGAACUGGACCAGCUUACUAAUGGGGUGUGUUAGAUCAGUGAGUUACUCAGUUUUAGUCAAUGGGAUCCCCGGUGAGACCUUUACUCCUACAAGAGGGCUACGGCAAGGAGAUCCUCUAUCUCCAUACCUUUUUAUUAUGUGUGCUGAAGGUCUAACUUCGCUUCUCCAAAUAGCAGAACGUGAUGGUAGUAUACAGGGAGUUUCUGCUUCUAAAAGGGGCCUCAAGAUCAAUCAUCUCCUUUUCGCCGACGAUUGUGUUAUAUUCAGUAGAGCAAAAAUGGAGGAAUGGACUAGAAUUAUGUACCUUCUAGCAAUCUAUGAAAGAGCAUCGGGCCAAGUUCUCAAUAAGCAGAAAACUUCCCUCUUCUUUAGCUCCAAUACCAAAGAAGAAACAAAAGCUUUUAUCCUUCAAGGGGCUGCAGGGAUUUCUUGUGAUGACUAUAAUAAAUACUUGGGGCUUCCUACUCUCGUUGGGAGAACAAAAUACAACACUUUUCAUGGUCUAAAAGAAAAAAUCUGGAAGCGGAUGAAUAGCUGGAAAAAUUCCUUUCUCUCAACAGCUGGGAAAGAAAUCUUAAUAAAAAGUGUUCUACAAGCCAUUCCGACGUAUACUAUGAGCAUUUUCAAACUCCCGAUAAGGUUGGUUAGAGAAAUAGAAAUGAUGUUUUCAAAUUUCUGGUGGAACCACAAGAAGGAAGGAAGAGGAGUACAUUGGCGUAAAUGGGAGAAGAUGGGAAAGUCAAAACAAGAUGAAGGCCUGGUUCUGGAUCUAGUCAGGAAGGGUUCAGUUUGGCGAGUCGGCAAUGGUAACUCAAUACGAAUAUGGAAGGACAAAUGGCUCCCAAAAGAAAAAACUUUUGAAGUACAGACUUGCCCCAAUACGAUUCCAGCAGAGUCUAAAGUCUCUUGCCUCAUUGACUCGGCUCUUAUGAAGUGGAACACUGAGAUGGUCAAAACUAUUUUUAAACCAGAAGAAGCGCAGCUAAUUUGCAGCCUACCAGUUAGUCUCAGAGGUGCUGCGGAUUCAUCUAUUUGGGGCUAUAAAAAGAAAGGUAUUUUCACAGUUAGAAGUGCUUAUUUUGUUGAUCUGGAUACAAAACAUCAGAAGUAUGGGGAACCAUCAGGAUGUAAUCAAUUUGUGCAUUGGUGGAAUGCCAUUUGGCACUUGGAAGUUAUAGGGAAAGUAAAGCAUUUCCUCUGGAAAUCAGUCUCAAAUCUCCUUCCCACUAAGGAAAAUCUGUUCAAGAAGAAGAUUUUGGAUAGCCCUCUUUGCCCGGUGUGUGAUAGGGGGAUAGAAACUACUCUGCAUGGUUUAUGGGAAUGCCCGGUAGCUAGAGAUGUUUGGGGGGAUCGGGAAUCACCAGUGGCUAAGUGGGGAAGCUCUUUUGAUUUUUUUGCAUCUUCGUGGACUGAAUUCUAUGAUAGACUCGAAGCUAAGAACCUAUUUGGUGAUGAGAAUGGGCAUUAUAGCCCGAGACUUUAUGGUGAGCCACACUUUAUGUUGGCUGCACAAAAACACUCGGUAUCCUCAGCUUUCAUGGCUGAAGCGUAUGCUUUAUGGAGAGCCUUUACCCUAUGUGAUGAAAUGGGAGUGAGGAGUGUUGUUUUUAAAGGGGACGCAAGGCUGGUUGUAGAUGCUGUGAAAAAUUCCAGUCCAGAUUUUGCAUGGCAUGGACAGCUUGUUGAGGAUCUCAAAAAUGAGCUGGCGAUACACCCGAGUUGGAAUCUGUCCUUCACCAGCAGAGGGAACAACAAAGUGGCUCAUGAACUAGCUAGAUUAGCUUAUUCUGUUGUAACAGAAACUGUUUGGAUUGAGGAAGGACCGGAUGUGGUUUCUUCUCUCAUAUCUGAUGACAAACUUUGUUCUAGUGAUUAA